AUGAGCUCCAAGUUGGCUCUGACCAAAGUAGUGGAGUUUUUGGCGGCCGAACAUCCCUCGGUCUUUACCGUGGCUUUGAAUUCUGGCAUCGUUGAGACAGCUAUUUUUCAUAGGAGUGGGCAAAAAGUGGGUGACUUACCCAUGGAUACCGUCGAGCUGCCCGCACAUUUCAUAGUUUGGCUGGCUAGUCCAGAGGCCGCAUUUCUUAGCGGCCGUUAUGUGUCGGCUAACUGGGACGUGGCCGAGCUCAAGACAAAGGCCGAAGAUUUCCAAUCUGGUCCUCAGUUGACAGCAGGAAUCCAUGGCUGGCCUUUUCCGUACGUGUAA